AUGCCGGGCCCGGGGACAGACCCCGGCACUUCUGGAGCCGUAGCGCAGGAUUUGACCGCUAAGCGCGAACAUCCGCAGUCCCUGGAUUCGUCCUUCGUCGAGACGCCUGGCACAGCCGAGUCACUUCAGGGGGCUGCAACGUUCACCGUGAAAUUGAGGCGCAGACGGAAGACUUCAUCGCUGGUCUGCAGGAAGACCAAAGAAGGCCUCAAGACGACUCCGAGAAAGACCGCCUCCUCUGUCCCAGACACUGAUGCCACUUCCAAGUCUGAACUCGUCAAUGGGGCGCCACCACAAGUCCCACCGAUGUCUUCCCGGGGCUCAGUGGCUUUGGAGGCAUCUUCUCCGCUGCUAACCACAACCCGGCAGCGUCAGCAGGAACCUGCAUAUCCACUGCAGAAUCGGGGUAACUCGCCAGAAAACUGGACGGUGGAUGACGUAUCAGAGUACGUUUCCGGGAUCCCUGGGUGCGAGCGCAUCGCUGAGAAGUUCCGCCACCACGAGAUCGACGGCGGCGCGUUGUUCCUCAUCAAGGAACACCACCUCAUCAGGAUUGUGGACAUAAAACUGGGACCGGCGUUGAAGAUUUGUGCUGCCAUUGGUUCACUUCGCGAGGUGUUGUCCUAA